AUGUACGCCUGUGGGACCUUUGCCUUCAGCCCCCGCUGCGUCUACUUGGACGUGCAGACUCUGUCCAUGAGCCAACAGUUGGAUGAGGGGAGAGGCCGAUGCCCGUAUGACCCGUACCAAGCCAACACGGCCAUCAGCGUAGAUGGAGAGCUCUACACGGGGACAGUGGCAGACUACAGAGGCAACCGUCCCGUCAUCUCCAGACACCUGAGCGAGGGCGGCCGGAGGGACCUGAAGCUCGAUGACACUCUGGGCUGGCUCGAUGAGCCCACCUUCAGCGGCUCCGUGUUCGUCCUUGAGGAGGAGAAGGUCUUUUUCUUCUUCAGUGAAGUGGGCCGAGAGUUUGACUUCAUGGAGCGGCUGAUGGUGUCCCGCGUGGCUCAGAUCUGCACGAGUGACGUGGGGGGGCAGCGGACCCUGCAGAAGCGCUGGACCACCUUCGCUAAAGCUCAGCUGCUGUGUCAGGAGGACGGGGAGCUGCCCUUUAACCUGAUCCAGGACAUCGACACGCUGUCAGCACUAGAGGGCGCUGACGACACACUCUUCUACGCUGUCUUCACGUCCCAGUGGCCUCUGCGUUUGGGCCGCUCCGCUGUCUGUGCCUUCAGCCUUCGCAGCAUCAGAGCCGUGUUCUCUGGGAGCUACAAGGCCCUGAACCGGGACACGCUGCAGUGGACGUCCAGGCUGCAGGAGAAGAGCGCCAGCCCCGGAGAGUGUGGGCUGCACAAUGCCUCGGACUCUGCUUUGCGAUUCGUCAAAGAGAACUUUCUGGCUGAAGAGAGCGUGCGGGCCCUGGACAGGAGCCUCACCUUAGUGUCCCAGCACCUGUACCGCCACAUCCGCGUGCAGAGGGUGCGUGUGGCCAAUGGGAGGCACUACACCACGCUCUUUCUGCUCACAGACUCGGGGUUCGUCCACAAGGUGGUGCUGCUGGGGACUGGAGCCCAUGUCAUUGAAGAGAUCCAAGUGUUCCAGCCGCCUCAGGCCAUCACCAGCAUGAAGCUCUCUGAGGGCGUCAUAUUCAUCGGCACGUCUGAAGGCAUCGUGAGGCUCCCAUUGACCAACUGCUCCAUCUACCGGACCUGUGCACAGUGCGUGCUGAGCCGGGACCCCUUCUGUGGCUGGGACCGCAGCCGCAGAGAGUGUGUGGAGGUGGUCCACCCCCUGGGCCCUGCUCUGGUGCAGGACAUGGAGCGGGCGCAGGUGGACGAGGUGUGUGUGCCUCCGUUUGGGCCUCACAUACCCACAGCCCCGUGUCCUCCCGGUGUGUUGGUGAGAGUGUCUCUGAAUGAGGUGGUCGUCCUGCACUGUCCCGCCCUGUCCCUGCUGUCCCAGCAGCAGUGGCAGCGUCCCAACAGCCGUCUGUCCGAGCAGCUCUACCUGCAGCUGCACAACGGCAGCCUGAGCUUCGUAGCCACACCUGCCACACUGGGACACUACCUGUGUGUGUCGACGGAGAGCGGCUUCCAGCAGACCAUGGCUGUGUACCAAGUCCGACAGAACAGUGGGCCCCCGAUGUCCCCCGCUCCUUCCACACGGCCCCUCACAGAGCUCCGGUCCCAGCCACGUGGACCUAUCCUCCCCACAGCUCCCACAAUCCACACUGACAAGUCUGUGCUCAGAGAGUGGGUUCCUGGGGGCCCCUGCUACCUGAAGGAGCUCCUCAUAGUGAGCGGGCUGUUGGUGCUGUGUGUCAGUCUGCUGCUCACUCUCCUCAUGUACACUAUCCGCCUGCACUGCCACAACAGGACUCAUCCCCAGCCUAUCAGACACAGAGGAAGCCCCCAGCCCCCCAUACCUCCCCGACACAGGGGGUCCCUGGAGCCGCAGCCUAAAGGACAGUACAGUGCCAACAGCUCCAAUGGACACCUGCCCAACACAGCUGACUCCAGGAUGUCUCAGGUGGACAAAGACCUCCCUCCUGUCCCCGGACAGGACCCCCCUCCUGUCCUCACACCCGGACAACUGCAGUCCCACCUCAAGAUGGAGCCCAAAACAUUGGGGGCUGUCCAGAUUGUGAUUGCAGCUCUUAUCCUGUGUCUGAGCUCCUCUGUCCUGAAUGUUCACGAGGUACACUUCAAUGAAGACAUCGCGCUCUUCUUCGUCACCUUUGUACAGGUCACGCUGUCAGGGUCGGUGCUGAUUCACAGCGCGAGGAGGCCCACUUUGUUUUGGGUGAAAUGCAUGCUGGUCCUCCACCUGGUCAGUGCUGCUUUUGCCACAGCUGCCCUGGGGCUGCUGUCCAAGCACCUGCCCUACCGCCAGGACUCAUACCACUGCGAACACUGCCGCCGGCUGGAGCUGCACGCAGUGCAACAUUGUUUCAGGAAAUGCACCGGGCUGAUCGAGCAAAAAUGUAAACUGCUCAUCGAUGGGAUCCUGGGAACCUUAGUGAUCUUCCUGGUGCUGGAGCUGCUCGUCUGCAUCACAGUCAUGCUCUUUGGCCUCAGUGUGCUUGCCGCAGGGGGGCGCCAGUCUGGAUCCCAGAGGCCGGUUUACCCACAGACAAGGCCUCCUCCUGCCCCCGCUGUGUCCACCAGCCCAGCUACGCCACUCCAGGCCAGUCCGCUCCAGGCCAGUCCACUCCAGGCCAGUCCAUCCCAGCAGGUGGCAGUGGUGGUGACUGAAGUGGACUCGGAGCCGGUGGAGGAGCUCUCCACUCCUCCCACAGAGCCGCAGGUGGAGCCCAUCGAGGUCAUCACUCCUGAGCCCUGA